AUUGGCUUCUUACAUUGUGAGAGAGAGCAAAAAUCCAAAAACUCUCACUCCCGCCUUUGCUUCCGCUCAAAACCUUUUUGAGAGAGAAAUCGAUUGAGAAAUGCUUCUGACAAAGAACGAAAGGUAAGGAUUCUUCUUCUUCAUGUAUGGUUGAUUCAUUUUUGUUUUCUCCCAUUCUAGGACAUCAAUCGGUGGAGGGCGACAAACACAGCUAAAGGCUUAGCCGCAAUUCUACUACAUAGGAGAAAAUCCGUAUCAAGCUGGAGCAAUCCCCCCAACUGCCGUUUUUGACGAUCCAAAAGGGAUUCCAUUGCAGCAAACCAUCUUCAAAGAUACGGCUUCUCCCUUCACCUACAUCUACUGUGGGACCUCUGGCGUCACCACCAUUAGGUUGCCAAUCUAGUGACUCUUCAAGGAGAAAACCAGCCAUUUGUAUAUGUUUCAAUUACUAAAGCAGAGUACGAUUUCACAUAAAAUGAUAGUAUAGAGGGCUUGAUUGGAGUAGGGAUAUUGUCCCAUAUGAUUGGAGCAGAUAGGCCCCUACUUACCCUUUCUCUGGAACCCAAUGGGGUUUCGAGCUAGACAGGCACUGAGGCACCAUCCAUCACGCCCACGUUCCGGCACAGCAGGGUCCAUCCGCAAACUCGUACCGUAUCGGCCCGCUAAGGCCUCAGAGGUUAUUCUCCGUCUGAGAAACUGGCUGGAAGUAUUCCUUCGUUAGGGUUGUAGAAGAUCAGAGUCGUUGCAGCGGUCUGGUCACUUGUAUUUUUCUUCCCUUCCAUGGUUUCCUUUCUGGGUCCAACCUCCAAAAGACACUCCGGAGUCCAAAACAUCCAAGUGCGGUUGCUCUGCUUAUAGCGACUCUCUUCUACUUGAUACGGGAAAUACGAUCAAACCAAGUGCCAAGCAAGAGUAACAACCACAGUAAUAACUUCUAAUAAGCAUGGAUUCCCCCCCAUCUCCUCCACAGCAGCCCGAACCCAAGAAGCUCAAAAUGUCCACCACCACCACCAACUCCGACGAUGAAGAAAUCGAACCCAAGCUCACUUCAACCGAGAGGAAGCCAAGAUACAAGCGGCGCAAGAUUGCCAUCUUCUUCGCCUACUGCGGUGUUGGUUAUCAAGGCAUGCAGAAGAACCCUGGUGCCAAAACCAUCGAAGCCGAUCUUGAAGAAGCCCUCUACCUCUCCGGUGCUAUUCCCGAGCCCGACCGCGGCAAUUCCAGGCGCUUCGACUGGUCUCGCUCCGCUCGCACCGAUAAAGGCGUCAGCGCCGUCGGCCAGGUCGUCUCCGGCCGGUUCUAUAUCGACCCUCCCGGCCUCGUCGAUCGUCUCAAUUCCAAUCUUCCCUCUCAGAUCAGAAUUUUCGGAUUCAAGCGUGUGACGGCUUCAUUCAACGCGAAGAAGUUCUGCGAUCGCAGGAGGUAUGUUUAUCUAAUUCCGGUCUUCGCUCUUGAUCCAAGUUCUCAUCGUGACGGAGAGAGUGUAUUGGCUAGCUUGGGUUCCGAAAACGAACUCGUUAGGUGUUCGGAGUGUUCUGAGAGGGGGCAUAAGGUUGCAGAUGUUAUGGGUCGACGUGAUAACGAAUCAAAAACUGUAGAAAAUGGCGGGAAUGAUACUGAUGCUUCUCAUUCUAAAGCAUCAGACGAAUCAAGGGUUUCUUCAGAAAGUGGCAUUGCAACCGUUUCACAGUCUGAAACCACAAAUGAACCUAGGGUUUCUUCCUUGGACGGUAUUGCUGUUCCCGAUGGGCUUGCAGAGGGGUGUGUUGUACUUUCGUCAGACAACAGAACUACUUAUCCCCAUUCGGAACUAGCAGAGGAUGUUGGCAUUUCUUCAAGUAAUGGUACUGCUGUUUCACAAUCUGAGUCAAUAGAAGAGCCUAACCCUUCUUCAGUGGAAAAUGAAAACAAUUUGGUUAGAUGCAGUAAUGGAGAAGAGACAUCUGCAAAAGGCAGUCGUUUUUGCUAUGGGAACAAGGAGAAGGAGAGGUUUAAUAGAAUUCUGAAGCAUUAUGAAGGAACUCACAACUUCCAUAAUUUCACAACAAGAACGAAGGCUGAAGACCCAUCUGCCAGACGCUUCAUUGUUUCAUUUAACGCGAAUAAGGUUGUUACUGUGGAAGGGAUGGAUUUUGUCAAGUGCGAGGUUGUGGGUCAGAGCUUCAUGCUUCAUCAGAUUCGGAAGAUGAUUGGACUAGCAGUGGCAGUCAUGAGGAAUUGUGCACCUGAAUCAUUGAUCGACACAGCUUUUGGGAAAGAUAUAAACAUCAAUAUGCCCACUGCUCCUGAGGUUGGUCUCUAUCUGGAUGAGUGCCUGUUUACUUCAUACAACCAUAAGUGGAAAGACUCGCAUGAAGAGUUAUCCAUGGAGACUUACAAGGAAGAGGCAGAGGAGUUCAAAAUGGAGCAUAUAUACUCUCAUAUUGUAUCCACUGAACAGAAGGAAGGGGUUGUUGCUCUUUGGUUGCACUCUUUAAACCACCGUAAUUAUCCCGAUUUCUGUAUUGAUGGGGACAAUGUAACCACAGCAACUGGAGAGAGAGCUCAAGUGGACAACAUGAUGCAGUGAUCUUUUUUUCUUUUUAUCAUUAAAAUUUGAUUGUGAUUUCAGCACAUUGACUGAAAGGUAUUUUCAUCAAAUCUUAGGUAUAUGUUAUAUACUGUAGGACCUCUCCCCCCAAAAUUUCCCUCCAUUUUCUCUUGAUUAGUCUUAACCUUGUUUUGUGUUUUCCUCAUUAAAAAUUGUUUUGCUCUCUUGAUUAGUCCUAACCUUGUUUGUGUUUUCAUCAUUAAAAUUUGUUUUGUUAUUUGUUGUGUUUAAAUAAGGUGUUUAGUAUUGCUACUACAGCCUACAGAGUGCAGUAGAGCUCUCCCUCCCUCCCUCUCUCUCUCUCUCUCUCUCUCUCUCUCUCCCUAAAAUACAGAGGAGCUCUCCUUUAUUGCAUGAGGAUUUAUGUUGGAAAUUUGAGGAGCUCAUUCUUGAGUAAGCUUAUUCCUUCCAGGGACAGUGGUGCUGUUCCAUGUUUUCCAUGCAUAAGUUAAGCCAAUACCAAGUAUAAGCAGAUAAUGUCACAUCUUAUUAGUAUUACAUAUUGUGUAUUCUUCAGGCUCCACAGAAGACAAACACAUUUCAUACUGUUGAUGAACUACUUCAUGAGUGCAUGAGCUGAUUGAUGAGAACUUGGUUUAGAAUCCAUUGUGGAAUUAUAUCGGUUUA